CCAAAAGGCGGCAAGCCCAAGCACUCACAAGCGAGCGCGAGGCGGCGAUCUCGGGCCGGGGCACCAGCGAUGUCGGCGAAGGCGAAGGCGAGCGGCGGCAAGCGGGGCGCGGCGGCCAAGGACCCCGCCGACGCGCCGCUCCACUCCGACAAGAGGCGGCGCGAGCGCGGCGGCAUGGACGACUCCGACCACGAGUUCGACAGUGACAUGAAGGAGAUCGUCACGCUUCUGCGGCACAUCAAGGACAAGGCCCACAAGGACGGUCAGAAGAAGACUGAUCAGGCUAUCUCCGGUGUGGCAACAGAGAUUCAGACUAUGGUACAAGACACCAAGACUAAGUUUGAGAAGGAAAGGCAGAAUUUUCUGAAAGCACUGUCAAAGACGUCAAAAGAGUGCGAAGGUUUGUUGAAGAAUGAGUACACCAAAUUUCAAGCGACACACGAUAAGUUCUGCAAAGACAAAGCUGCACACAUACAGAAUUUCAAAGACCUUUUCUCAAAGUUUGAAGAUGAUAAAGAGAAAUUGCUUAUGCAGUAUGAACUGCAAAGGAAGAAGGAGAAGACUACUCUGUCUGAACUCGAGAAAACAUUUUCAGAGAAGAUAGCAAAUGCAGAAGAAUCUCUGAAGAAGAUGAAGCAGGAUGACAAAUCAAUCCACAUCCUUCGCAAGUCCAUCGGCUCAUUUCUGGGUGGCGACGCUGAUGAUCAAUUCGGUCAAGAUGACGACUGAAGGUGCUCCCACCUAAUGCGUUCUUUGAGAUCUAUGUGGAUAAUAUGUUAUUGGAGAGAAUAUAUAUAUCAGUACAUAGCGGAGGCAAAGUUGGAGUUGAUAUGUUGACUGCACUGCUCACGUGUUUAGUUUUCAUCGGCUCGAGCUAUGCUGUUCUGAAGCACGAUUUUUCUUCGUUUUCUAUUUGGUGGAUUAGUUUUGGGCUUACUAUUUUAUAUCAAGAGGCCGAGAUUGUGUUAGCUUGUAAUCGAUCGCAUUUUCUGGUAGCAAAACACUAGAAAACUUGAAUCGCUGUACUUACUGGGCCGGGGAUGCUUUACAUCUGGUCAGUAUUAGCUCGACAUGCAUGCCACUGUAAACCAAGUUCUCCUGUAUCAACAGUAACAUAUAAACUAUACCAAGU